GGACGCAGUGCGGCUGUCUCCCUCUUCACCAUUUUUGGUGACCACCUCAUCGUCACCUACGAGGACAAUGUGGUCGUCAUCUUCGUCAUUGCUACUGGUGCUGUCCACCUGACCAUGGAAGACUUUGACGCAAACCGCUUCAAGAUUGCCGCUGUGCUCCACCCUAGCACCUACGUCAACAAAAUUCUCUUUGCGAGUACUCAGGGAGAACUGCAGCUCUGGAACAUUCGCUCAAACAAAUUAAUUUACUCUUACAAGUCCUUUGGCAGCGCAGUCACUUGUCUCACCCAAUCACCAGCCGUCGAUGUCGUGGCUGUUGGCCUGGCGAAUGGCCACAUCAUGCUGCACGACCUUCGCCGUGAUAAGACCGUCCUUCAAUUUCACCAGGAUGGUGGUCCCAUUCGUGCUGCCUCAUUUCGCACUGAUGGCGCACCCAUCCUCGCCACCACCGUGGCACUGGGUACUAUUGCACUCUGGCACUUGGACGAGGCCAAACUGCUCGCGACCAUGACACAUUGCCAUGCCAGCAGCCUGACCACCAUGGAAUUUGUGCCGGGGAAACCUUUGCUGCUGACGGGUGGCCAUGAUAAUGCCAUGAAGUUGUGGGCUUUUGAUGCUCCGGACAGUGCUGGACGGUUGCUGCGGCAUCGCGAAGGCCACGCCGCCCCCAUCACCCACCUGCGGUUUUACGGCACUGAUUUUGAGCUCCUCUCUGCAAGCCACGACCGCACGCUUCGCUCCUUCUCCGUGAUUCGCGACGAGCGCAACCGCGAGCUUUCCCAAGGCACGCUCGAGUCACAGGCCAACAAGAAGGGAGUGCCGCUGAGUGCUCUGCGCCUUCCUCCUAUUCUGGACUUUGCCGUCGAAAUGUCCCGCGAAGGAGAAUGGAGCAACUUGGUCACUUGCCACAGUGGUCGUGAUGCUGCUUGCCUUUGGUCCACCGACAGCAAAAAGCUCGCAGAUCUCAAGCUCGCCCCAGACAGCAAGCACACCGGCAACAAUGUUUAUGCCACCUCGGUGGCCAUGUCUGGUUGUGGCAACUUUGCGCUCGUUGGCCGAAGCAAUGGCAGCGUCGUCUACUACAACGUUCAAUCUGGACGUGUUCGAACCGUCUUUCGCUCCAAGGAUGGGCAGGCACAUGGCUCUGCUGUCACAGCUGUGACAGUCGACGCAGUCGGUGACACUUGCCUCUCGGCCUCGCGCGACGGCGUCAUGAAGAUGUGGUCCCUCAAAACAGGCAAACUUCGCACCAAAAUCACCUUCAAGGCAGCAGUGCAAAAGGUUGAGUUGUUCCGCAGCUCCAACAUUGCUGCUGUCGUGACGGCCGACAAUGUGAUCCGCCUUUUUGAUCUCGAAGUCAAGCGCAUCGUGCGUUCGUUCAAGGGCCACGACGCCCGCAUCACAGAUUUGGCCUGGUUUCCCGAUGGCAAGUGGAUUGCCACCACUUCCAUGGACUUGACCAUUCGAGUGUGGGAUGUGGUUUCGGGUCGCCUUCUGUCUUGGGUUUCGGUGCCUGAUGCACCAACCUCGAUUAGCAUUAAUCACACGGGCGAGUACUUGGUCACAAGUCACGUCGACAACGUUGGCAUGUGCCUGUGGAUCAACCAGAGCCUCUAUACCUCAACUAUGUUUGCUCCACUGAGCCCCGGUAUGUACGGCACACAAAUUGAAAUGGGCCCACCCAGCGUGGCGCUGCCCAACAGUGCUGACCCCGAAAGCACAGGCGCAACGGACAGCAGUGCUGAUGAUUCUGGCCCGGCACAACUGGACAGUGAAUUGGUGACUCUAUCCACACUACCCCGUUCGCGCUGGCUCUAUCUGUCUCGCCUUGAGGAAAUUCGCCAUCGCAAUCGUGCCAAGGAGGACGUCAUUCGGCCUCGAGAUGCGCCAUUUUUCCUGCAAACCAAUCCCGGUGUCUCAAUGUUGCGUCGGCGUUUCAACGCUGCCUCCAGCAGUGCCAUCACCGCGGUGAAUGUACGUGCUUCUGUCGAUUCCUUCGUGCUCAAUCGUGCCUCGUUUUGGGCGAGUAUCGAAGAAAGCAGUGUGGCUCACAUCGUAUGUCUGGCCGGUCAACUCUCGGUAGUUGUUGAACUGAUGGACAUGCUCAAGAGCAUGGGCUUGUCUGCAAUCGACCUUGAGUUGCGCUCGUUGAGCGAGGCUCAUGAUGGCGAACAGCUGGGCAUGUUUGCGGAUUUCCUGGUAGCCAUGCUGGCCGAGAAGCGGGAUAUUGAACUUUUGCAGGCGUACAUGGAUGUCUUCCUUUCGGUAAGCAAGGGUUGGCUCGACUUCAAAUCGUGCCCCGCUUUCUUGCUGGCUGCCUUUCUCCACACAUGCACAUGCCCUUAUCUCUCCAAGCGAAGUGCCCUACCUUGCCACCACCGACUCAUUCCACGACUUUUGCUUUUAGGCACAUGGCCUCACCAUGCGGCAGCACGAGUCUUUGGUGGCUAA